UGUCUGCUCAUUAAGCUCGCACGAGUUCAUGUCAGGACUCAAAAAUACCCGUGACUCACGGUAGCUGCGUUACUGUGCGCAGCCACACCAGACCUACAGAGCUAGACUGGCACUGACAACCGAGGGCUAUCCGGGAGCACGGAAGUCAGAUGUGCUUGGCUGUCUGGCGCAGUCACUCUUGGGCGUACGUAACUUUAUAACUAAAUAUAAAUGCAGCUUUAUAAAUAUCCCAGUCUGGACUUCUGCUAACAAACCUUCUGGAGGUAUCCCACUGUUCAGCAUGGCAGGCUGUGGAGAAGUGGACUGUUCAGUGAACGCCCCGGCUCCAUCCAAGCUGACAGAGGAAGUGGGAGAUACUUGCACCACAGACUCUUCCGGCUCCAUCAUACCCCCAGAGUGUUCCAUUUGCCUGCAGAGCUGUAUCCACCCUGUACGCCUCCCAUGCUGCCAUGUCUUCUGUUUCCUGUGUGUGAAAGGUGCGUCCUGGCACAGUAAGCGCUGUGCCCUCUGCAGACAAGAAAUCCCUGAGGAUUUUCUGGAGCAUCCAGUUCUCCUUUCACCUGAAAAACUGAAGGCCGUAGCUGCAGGGGUGAGUCGAUAUGACAGGACAGGGGGCAGUUCCCAAGGAGACUAUACAUGGUACUAUGAGGGGCGCAACGGUUGGUGGCAGUAUGAUGAGAGGACCAGCCGUGAACUGGAGGAGGCCUUUGCCAAGGGGAAGAAGAGCACAGAGAUGCUGAUUGCAGGGUUUCUUUAUGUGGCUGAUCUGGAGAAUAUGGUGCAAUAUCGCCGCAAUGAGCGUGGUCGCAGGCGCAAGAUAAAGCGAGACAUUGUUGAUAUACCCAAGAAGGGAGUUGCAGGACUGAGGUUAGACCCUGAACCUGCCCCCACCCCUGUUUUACCAGUUGUCACCCAGGCUGCAACAGAACGCAUCAGCUCAGCUGAUGGAUCGGACACUGCAAGCCAGUCACAGUCUUCCUCUUUUGGGAUUUUGUCUUUGCCCCCUGUUAGACCUCUAACAAUCCUGGGGCACCAUCUCACAAGUCCCCUCUGUCCCUCCCCCUCAACUCUUGACGACUCUCUGUCUCAGCUUCUGAUCAGCCAGCCAGAGGGUGAAGAGGUGGAAGAAGACGAUGAGCUGCAGACAUACGAGUAUGCAUCGGGAAACAGUGAGAGUGAGGAAGAAAGGGAGUGCGAGCGAGGGAGUGAAGAAUCAGUACCACAGAGAAGACACAGGCAAAGACCACUAAGAGAGAGUCAACCAGCCAGAAUGCCUCCAAGGGGCGGGCCCUCCAGCUCUGCGCUAAGUAUUCGCUCAUGUAGUCCUGAUGGACAGUGUGCAGUGACAGAGGUGUGACUGCAAGUGUACAGUUGUAUCUGUCCUACAGAUCUUAAACUCCUAUCAGUUCAGCAAAAAAGUUUAAAAACUAUUAUGCACUUUUUAAUGGUCAAUGAAAUGGAAACGUCAUUAUUCAGAUAUUACUUCUGCGAUACAGUCCAUUUUCUCUAUUAAAUAUUUGCCAGAUAUGACCCUAAAAUACAUUUGACAUCAUUUUAUAUCAAAAUAGUCAAAGAUCUCUGUCCAGUUAAUUGUAAUCUGAUCAACCCUUUAACCUGCAGGUCUACAAAGAUAACUAGCAGAAUGUGUACUUGAGUGUCACAUUCCAAAAACAUUAUUGACAGCUUCCUCCACUGCUAACAUUCAAAUACUUAUCACCUGAGAUAAACUUACGUCUAUCUUUAUUGUUGGUCACACUCCUCUACCCAGUAUUGUUUCAGGCAGAAA